CCCUGAUUGGUGCAUUUUGUGUUUAACCUUUUCCGACGGGAAUUUCAAAUUGUAUUGAAUCCUGCAAACCGCUGUUCAAAGAAGGAGAAUUAUAAAUCGCAUUUUAAAAGGGAAGAGACGGUGAGUAAACAACCCAGUCAUGGCUCCCAGGAAAAGAACCACCAAGCAAGUGAAAAAACAACUCAGCAGCUCUAAACUCAACGCAUUUCUGGAAGAUUUCGACAAUGAAGUCCAAACAAGACUUCAUCAACUGCACGAGAAGGAAUUCCAUUUGUUGAAGGAUCUUCGCAACAGCUACAAUAUGGCUAUCAUUAAGCUCCCAUCUGUUUAUAGGAAAAUGACUUGGUUGGAAAUUUUCACGUCGGAGAAGAAAAGCGCAGGCAAAUCUGGUUCAAAUGAAGAAAAGGCACCCAGGAAAAAGGGGAGACCUGCAAAGAAGCCCCCAACUACAUCAAAACGAGCAAAAGCUCUGUCAGUCAUCCAACAAAAUGGACCAGUCAGAAGAUCAUCAAGGAAUCCCACGGUGACUCCCGCCAGGUCCCUGUUGGACGCCUCCAUGAUGGGUAAAACGCCCCUCAUCACGCCACGCUUUGACCCAAGACUUCCAAACACUCCAGGUUUGAGAGUUCCUCGCCACAAGGAGAGAGUCUUCAGCUUUUCCGUCAACGGCUCGCCCAUCGCCGACAACAACGACGAGAUUAUUAUAAAUGUCCCAGUUGGGAAUGGAGAGAGUAUUCAGCUGCUGGCUAGUCAGGUGGAUUCAGUGGAUCUGUCCACGCUGGGUGAAACCGCCUUGAGGAAUAUUCGCCUUUUGCAGAGUCGUCUCUCAACAUUGUGUGAAUCCUAGCUCGGACCCAAUCGUCUCCGUUUGCGAAAUAGUUUUAAUAUUUGUUUGACUUUGAUUGCAUAUUAUCCGCUCGCCUUUUCUUCCUGAUUUCUUCCUUCUUUUUUCUUUUAAAAAAAAAAAAAUGUUUUUUCCAACGCAUUACCUAGAAUUCACUCGCCUGACUGCUGUCCAUGUGUAAAUGCGGGUUUUAAAUGUUCAGCUUGUAUACUGUAUACAUUUUGUAGUGGUCUUUGCUUUAAUUUCUGUAAUCCCUCUGGGUGUUCUGCCUUGUCUUUUAUUUUUACUUCACACUCAUGUACAUAAAAAGAGUUGGCAUUGGAUUCAUCACAUUAGUGGAGUUUUUAUUUAGCCUUUAUUUAGAGUGUGGGGUUGCAGUACCUCGUAUUGGUCGCAAGAGGGCGCGCUUUAGAUUAGAAUGUCAACUGUACUGCUGCAAAAUAGUCACUAGAUAGCAGCAUUUCUUCAUUGAAUUUAAUAUUUUUUUGCAGGGCUUCGUCUCUGACUGCCCUUUCAAACAAUAAAUGCCUUUAUGAGAGCAGAUUUAGAUACUUCACUCAAAUUAUUUAUUUGCCUUUUAAGCUGUACUAACCAUUUUCAGACCGCAAACACACAUAAUAGAUUUUUCUGGUAUCACAUAUGUCAUCAAAGAAAAAGUUCAAGUUCAAAAUUCCCUUUUCCACUAGUCCAAACAUGCUAUUCAGAUUUAAACUAUCUUUGUGGCACAUGAAAUAAAGUUUUACUUCUGCUCAAA